UAGAGCCCCAGGUAUUUAUUUAUCUCCUAUGUGUAUAUCACCAUUCCACCAAAGAGUUGCUGGAGGAGUAGAAGGCUCUCCACUCUCCUAUUUUAUCCUCAGAACGGCCCUGUGAGGUUGUUAAGGGCGACUGGCCCAGCGCGCUUCACGGCAGGUCCUAAGCGGAUAUCCUAACCAGUGGCUACUACAUCACACUGUGCCAAUCGCAAACAUUCAGGCAGGUAAUGAGGCAAAUAGGAAGGUGGGGGUGAGUGGGAGACAGGCCAGGAUCCGUUUGCUUGUUACUCCCUCCCGCCCCAUCAAUUUAAACGCGUACCAAUAUUAGAUCCCCUCGGAGAGGCUGCUGCUUGCAAAAAUGGGUGCAGGUGGCAAAACCGAGUCUAGUGUACCUGCGUUGAGGUUGCAGUGCAAGAUAGCGCUUUCUCGUUCACUACUCGCCCCGGCUUUUCCUGUGGCAAGAUCUUAAGCCUAUUGACUCUCAGUAGAGCCCUAUUACAUCCGUGGGAUACGCAUUCCAUUAACUCAACCAGGGGGAUUUGGAAAGUACAGUCCUACUCUAUGCAUGGUUGCUCAGAAGUCAGCUCACUAAGUCCAAUUAGUGUAUUGUAACGCGUCUCACAGUUUCUCCUCCGAUGCAGUCCCUCUUGCCUCCCGCUGUUGCAGCCUGCCUUCUACUCCUUCCCUACAACUUACAAUGUCCCCAGUCCAGGGGCGUCCCAUCGCUGGUCACUUUUGCCUUGCUCCCUUUGUGUGCCACGCUUAACAUCCCCGGCGGCGCUGCAGGGUUUUUGCUUCCUUAGGCAGCCAGUCUUCAUAUACGACACCAAUGCUGGGCACCCCUUCUGGCUGCUCGAUCUAUCUUGCUGGAGUCGUUUCACUUCCCACCUUUUGCGCCUCUCUCCCUGCAUUCCUCCGGCUUCGCUCUGCCAAACGGAAAGAGCAAGGAGGCCCGGGCAGAUGCAUGUCUCUUUAAGAGUUUUCGCUCUCUUUCUCACGUGUGCGGUCAGCUGACAGUGACGCUCCAGGGGAAACUCUCGCUGUUCCUGAAACGUCGGGUGCUGCUGUGGGUUGCACGGGUGUCUCUGCUUCGCUGUGCUUGUGCUGUCGUUGGGCUGCAAAGGAAAGCGCUGUCACUCGGGCUGGCUCCGUGGGCUUGGUUUCGGCGCGGAGAGGGGCGUGUGCCGGGUGCCUGCGGGCAGCGCUGCAGUGGCAGAACAUCGGAGAGCCAUCGCUUGCCCAGCCGGCAGGAGGGACCCUGACCCCCCGCCUCUCCUCUCUCCCCUUGAAGCUUCCUGCUGUAGAUCGGAGCUUCGACAGAAGCCUCCGGGGAGUCCGGGACUUGCCUCGCCCAGCCAGCCAGCUCUUUUUGCCGCGCUCGAGGCUGCUUGUUAAAAGCAGACUUCCCUAGAGAUCUAUUAGUACCUAAUCUCAGUUGUGACCCCAGUUCAUGGAUUAUCUGUGCUUUCGAGCGCUUUGCUGCAAAGGACCGCCACCACCACGACCAGAGUAUGACUUGGUUUGCAUAGGUCUCACUGGAUCAGGCAAGACUAGUCUGCUGUCACAGCUCUGCAGUGAAAAUAGAGAGAACAUUGUGUCAACAACAGGUUUUAGCAUAAAAGCAGUGCCAUUCCAGAAUGCUAUCUUGAAUGUAAAAGAGCUUGGAGGUGCCGACAACAUCAGGAAAUACUGGAGUCGUUACUACCAGGGAUCCCAAGGAGUAAUAUUUGUAUUAGACAGUGCCUCUUCAGAAGAUGAUCUAGAAACAGCUAGAAAUGAACUGCAUUCUGCACUUCAACACCCACAGUUGUGCACGUUGCCAUUUUUAAUAUUGGCCAAUCAUCAAGACAAACCAGCAGCACGUUCAGUACAGGAGAUAAAAAAAUAUUUGGAACUUGAACCACUUGCACGAGGAAAACGCUGGAUACUUAAGCCAUGUUCCUUGGAUGACAUGGAAGCAGUAAAAGACAGCUUCGGCCUGCUGAUCAAUUUAUUAGAAGACAGAGAUCUUGAGCCAUCCCGAGUGUGAAGAAAACAAGAAUGGUUGUUGGAAAGUGUUGUACCUGUUUGUCUUGCUUUCUGCUGAAUUAUGGUUUGAUAUUGAGAAGACUGCAUUAGAGCUUGCAAUAAAUAUAUUUUUUGUGUUUA